AUGGAGGAUACCGGAAAGAUCAAUGUCACCAUGACAGCAGGAAAGUAUGAACUGUUCAGGGAGGCCAAGAGCGACGCCAUCAAGUGUCGAGUGUUCUUAAACACUCUGUCUGGCUUGGCACAGAAGUGGUUCGAUGGAUUGCCGAACGGAUUCAUCACAUUUUUUCAAGACUUCAAGAAUGCUUUCCUGCGCCAUUUCGCUAGUAGAAGGAAGUAUCAAAAGAUAGACCACUAUCUCUUCGCCCUCAAGCAAGGGUCUGCGGAACCCUUGAGAAGCUAUAUCAAACGCUUCAACCAGGUAGCACAAGACGUCCCGUCCGCUACCUUAGAGAUCUUGAUGAGCGCCAUCUCCCACGAUCUGGUGAUGUUGGUGGAGGGGGAGUUCUUCUGGGCCCUCAUUCGAGAGCCAGUAAAGAAUUUUGAUGUGGCGCUAGGGAAGACAGUCAGCUACAUCAAUAUAGAAGAAGUCCAGGCGGCUCGGCGGAAAGCAGACAAGGCACCUGCUCCUGCCAACAAAUCGAAGAAAAAGUCGCCCCAACCUCCAGCUUGA